ACUGUGGGAGGUCCGAAAUGGCGCGUAGAUCAAAAGUUCUCACUGACCAGUCCGUAGUAACUUUUUGGACAGUGAUACAGUAAUUUACUUUUGCAAUGUCACUAUCAUUGAUAAGUAUGUGAGCUAUGUCUGUUGCCAAAGUGCUGAAGAAUGUCUUCACCUUUACUCAAGUUCUGGGCCAAGCAUCAAGUGAGGAAGCUGCUCUCUGGGAUACACAGGCUCUUGAAAAUGCUCUCAAGUGGGCACAGUACUGUGAACAGGUUCACCAGCAUGUGCAGGGGAAGCCAUUUGAAUCAGACUUUGAGGAUCAGCUCCAGGAGAUGACUUUGUUGUUAGACCCACCUCUGUGUCUCUCCGUUGAUUUGGCUUUGCUGGGAAAUGCUACACAAGUCAUACAAAACGUUUUGCUUCAGAACCCACACUUAAACAUACAGUUGGUGAAUGGUCUGGUUUGCAGUAUCCGUGACAAUGAUUCCAGCGGAGGUGUGUUAAUUCAGAGAAUCUUAGAGCUUGGUUCUUUGCACGGAGCUGUGAAGAUAUCUGAAGAACUCAUGCAGGACGUUUCUCUGCGUGUUGGCGACAUCUUCCAGCAUGAUGUUUGUUUGACCGCAGACUCAUUGUCAUCGUACAGUCAGGCUGUUGUACUGAUGCAACACCUCAUCAUACAGCUCAGGAGUACUUCCAAGCUGGACAGAUUUACACAGCAUGUUGAAAGACUGGCAGAAGCAUUAGUUGUUCGGAAAGAUGGUUUGGAAGUCUUGUUGUGCUGUCUGUGUGUUGAGUCGAGUGAUCCAUUGGAGAGAUGUCAGCUGGAUUAUCGGAAGACGAGGGAUGUGAUUUACCAGUGGAUGGAGAAAGCUUCUAAAACGUCCAGUCAUCGUAGAAAAUUCUGUGAGGUCAGUUCUUUGUUGCUUGCUAAUGUAGCAGUGGAGAAUGAUGAGUUUUUUCAACUGUACCAGAACAUAUUGCUGGAGUGGGGUGAGAGACUGGUUCCCGACUACACCAGACAGACUGACUCCACCAAACUGUACGGCUGGAGACCCCGCAAAGAAUCGAGUGUUGGAACGUUCUCCAGUCUAACAAACCAUUUUGUGACACUGUUAGGUUGCAAUCAACCUCAGACACUAAGACAAUCCACUGCAGAGUUUCUCACUGACCUGGCUAUGAAAAGCUAUUUUAAUAUUUGGAGAGAUGUCAUUAAGACUGUACAAAAAACACCAGGACAAAAACAUUGUAACAUGCUGGAGAAGGUUUGAUAUCAUAGUGUGAUGUGAAACCAAGAUGUUACUCAGUAACCAGUAUCUGUGUGUGUGAGAUUACAGGCUCGAUUCCUCUUGAUGCAUUUUACAAUUUAUAGAUUCUUACCUAGUUCGAGAAACAAGAUGUAUAGAUUCAUUGGUAGUGUAGUGGUCAAACCAGUCGACUUGAGACUAGUAGGUACUGGCUUGUCAUCCUGAUACCAGCUCCUACCCAUAGUGAGUGAAUUUUAAUGGAUCACUGGGGAAGAGUAUGGCCAUUACACCAAUUUCUCUCUCACUAACCACUAACCAUUAACCCACUGUCCUGAAUAGACGGCCCAAUAACCUGAGUCCAAAGAGCUGAGGUGUGCGCUAGGCAGACAGUCCAAAGAGCUGAGGUGUGCGCUAGGCAAACAGUCCAAAGAGCUGAGGUGUGCACUAGGCAGACAGUCCAAAGAGCUGAGGUGUGCGCUAGGCAGACAGUCCAAAGAGCUGAGGUGUGUGCUAGGCAGACUGUCCAAAGAGCUGAGGUGUGCGCUAGGCAGACAGUCCAAAGAGCUGAGGUGUGUUCUGAACAGACAGCCCUGUCUGGGCUGUUUUCACUUGUACUGGGAGAUGACAUAAUGUCUGUAUUGUAAGACUUAAGAAAUGUAAUCUAAUAGCUUAGAUUUAACGGGAGAACAAAAAAAACCCCAAGCCAGUGAAGGAGAAAGAAGGAAGUGUUAUGUGACCGGAACAGAAAGUAGAGGACUCAUUGGAAGAUUUUUAGCCGUCCCAUUUGCUUUUGGGAUGUUCGGACCAGACUAAUAUCCCAUGGGGAAUAUGCCCGUGUUUGAGGUCAGGUUAACUAUUCUUAAUUAAGAGAAAACACACUCCAGUUUUCACCAGUGUGUGGACCUGUCUUACAUCUUUGGAUUAGGAAACAAAAUUUAAUGUUACUUUAUUUCAUAUAUUUAUUAUGUUGCUUAUCAUGGUAUGUGAGAGUUUGUCGAAUAAAUUGGUGGACCUACCUCUAGGUUAUUUCCAGCCUCACCAAUAUGUCAUGUGUCAAGGUUUAAGCUGUUCAUUAAAUCGUUCAUACAAAAUGAAGUUUCAUUUUGACAAAACAUUUGUAUAUAAUAAAUUCAUCAAAAAGCUAAUUAUCAUGUUUUUAUGAGCAUUUAUUGUGUUUGAUAUUACUUGGUAUUAAAGACAAAAUCAAUUUGGCUACACAGUUUGGAAUACAGUUACUUUACCGAAAUUAUAGUCUGUCUGUAUGAUAAAUUUACAGUGCAUCUAAUAAUAAAUUCUAUGUUACAGUGUCAACAUUCGUUAAUUGUUAUUGCUUGUUUGUUAUUUGUUUCUUUUGAGACGGAAUAGAAAUUUAUAUUAUCAAUACAUAUUCUUGCCAUAAAAAUAAUACAAAAUAAAUUAACCCAUCGAUUGAAAUGCCUGCAAUAUUUAUUAUGUUAUUAGCUUAUAGCAAGAGGUGUUAGAAAACCCACCAGUUCUUCAGGUAAUGCUAUUAUAUUAUAAUGUUAGGCUAUAUGUAAAUGUUAUAUGAAUAAUUGAUGGUGUUUGUUUAAUAAAUUUGACUUUAAGA